GGGGUCCUGUGAUUCAGGGCAGAGCUACGCAAGCAGGCGUUUUUCAUGUCUGAGCUGGAAUGGCUGGACUGACCUGACCCUUCAAAGAGGAAAUCCCACAUCCGUGCUGCCUGCAGUAAUCUGUCAACGUCAAGCCUUUUUUUUUUUUUGUGGAUUGCUUUUUGCAUCAGUAUUAAAAAAACAAACCAUGUACUGCCUUCAGUGGCUGCUGCCAGUCCUGCUGAUCCCCAAGCCCCUGAACCCGGCCUUAUGGUUUAACCACUCCAUGUUCAUGGGGUUCUACCUGCUCAGCUUCCUUCUGGAGAGGAAGCCCUGUACCAUUUGUGCCUUGGUGUUUCUGGCAGCCUUGUUCCUCAUCUGUUACAGCUGUUGGGGGAACUGCUUUCUUUAUCACUGCAGCGAUUCACCUCUCCCAGACGCCGCGCACGAUCCCAGCAUUGUGGGCACAUAGACUAGCUUCAUCCAGGGCACUGCAAUACCAGCUCCUCUCUUAACUUAUUUCUACAUCGAAAACAAAACGGGACAAUCUGAGUUCGCGAGGCUGUGCAGUGAUUCUAUCAGCCCCUCCAGGAGCUGCCACAAUGCUGUGGAAGCCACGCCAGCUGAAGAAGGUUGAACGUUGUCUUCCUGUCUGUUUGAGAGGGGUGGAGAUGCUAGGAUCUGUGGAUUUCUAAUUGCAUGAGUUCUUUACUGCUUUCUGUGUUUAGUUGAUAUCUUUUUUUUGUUUGUUUCGCUUUGAUGUAAUAAGGUAAUUAUAGGUGUCUGGUUAUUGAAUAUUUGAUUCUAGUUUAAAAUAAGUAAAUAUUACAUUUACAGAUCAUGCUAGAAUGAAUUUCACCCUCUUAGAGUGCAGAAGAAUUGGUUUUCUUCACUGAUGUUAAGUAUUUUAUCAAUCAGCAUUUAUCAGAAAUUAUCUUCCAGCAAAUUGGUGGCAGAUCCUUUUCUUUUUCUUCCACUGAGGCAAUGGUAUCCCAUAACCCUUAACAUACGUGUCACUAAAGUACUUCAGUUCCUGCUUGGGGUGCACUAGAGAUGAAAGGAAAGGGGUACACACACUUUGAAUAGGAACUGCAAUAACGUAAAGGGGUACUGCGACUAGAAGAAGGGUUCUGUGGGCUGCUGAGAUGUGCAAACAGGGAUAUGCAGUAUUUGGCUACUGUAAGAAUCUUUAACCCACAAGGCUGUGGUGACACUGUAUUCUCUUAGUUUUCUUCAUAUGCAGGGCAGCUGAAAUAUUAGUGGCAGUUACUGUGUGUUGCAUCAGAAAGUAUGGUGGCGGAAACAUCAGUGAAGAAAAAGAAACGGGCUCCCUAGCGCAUUCCACUGCAGGGACGUGUUCCGUCAUGGCCUUCGUUUAUCAGAAUUGACUUUUCUGUGAAGGCCAAGAAGUAAAGAAAGACUUGGUUGGAACAGCGUUUUACAAGGCAGUGGAUUGGAAGAGCCAAGAUUGCCUUUCCCUGUACUAAUGAAACUCCAGAUUAGCAAGUUUGAAAAAGUGCAUACAAUCAUUCUGCACGAGAGGUAGAAAGAUGUGUAAAGGGAGAGGGCUGGGGGACAGCUGUCACAGAUUUGGUGUUGAUUGACUAAUUUCGGUGAAAAGAUGAACGUAUUCAUUUUUGAAGAUUAUUUUUGUGAAAAAAAAGAACCGAAAGUCUAAAAUAGUUUGUGUCUGUGUUUCUUUUAUGAUGUUUAUUGGUGUUGGUGGUGUUAAAUGGUAAAUAUAUAUUUUUGUAAUUCAUGAAUAAAAUAAAUAUAAAUCUUCAGCUGAAUUAUCAAAGAUGUUGGAGGAGAGUGCAUACAAAUAAGAGGGAGUUUUAUUCAUGCAGUUCCACUGCAGUCCCACUGACUCCCUCCACACUGUCAAUGCAUCAGAGAAUAUGUUAUAUUUAACACAGAGGCACAUGCUUGUAUUUGUUUCAUGCAGCAGAGUCUCCGUUUUGGGGAUUUGAAAUAAGAUCAUUGCUUUGUUAUAUCCUUGCCAACCCCCUGGGGGAGUCGAAUAUCUGCAGAAUGUGAAUGUCUGGGGGAAUCACAUUUUUUUCUUAGACUUUGCUGAUUGAAUGCAAAAGGUACUUCCUAAUAUAAAUUAUGUACAAGCUUUGCAGUGAUUUCACUCCUUGUAAUGCAAACUGCAGCUUUGGACUCGUCUAUUUCAUUUGAAUCACUUGGUUGUUAAAAUGUAAACCUGAGGUUUGGGUAUCCUGUUGCAUUUUAUUGAUCAAUUGCAUCCGUAAAGGUCGAGGCAUCCUAACACUGCAUGUGCAGAGGUGAUUGAUGAAAAGAGCACGCUGAAGCUUAUGGUAACAGAAAGUUCACUCUGCAUUCAUAAUUUAACUUUGAAGACGCUGCAAGGUACUCUAGGUGGAUUGGCUUCUAGUAGAUCAAUGUACUAUUCAGCAUGGAUGUGAAGCUGAAAGUCUGCUCUACCCCUUUUGUGAUACUCUCACUAUAGUUAUUCUGUCUGUUGUUACAAAUCACUUUUCUAAUGCGUUCCUGGGUUGAAUUGAAGUUGCUGUGUGUGAGUCAGGCUAUUGUGAGUUAAACAGUACUGUAAUACUUACCUGACCCUGGCAAAUGUCUCGGCUCACUUCAGCUCAGAAAAGACAAGCCAUGUGUUUGGCAGCUUGGAAAUACUAAAGUAAGAAGAGUUUAGUCUACAAAACAAAACCUAGAUUUUAUUUCCAAGCGCAGUACUACUCACAGCACCAGGAUGGCACGUUCCCUGACCGCCGCUCCAUAGGUACAGCAUUUCCAUCACACUGUAUCAUUUGCAAUGGGAUUCAUUUUUAUAAUGUGAACUCAAUAAAUACUGCAGCUUUAUGACAUUUGUGAAAGUGUAGAAGCAGAUUUCCACCAGUCUGGUUAAUAUGUAGACUGUUAGUUCAGAUAUUGAUUUUAUUAUUAGCGAUUGUUAGUAAGGCUAUUGUUUCUUGUUUGUGUAUCCAUUGAUAAGUAUGAUCUUCUCAUGUUCACAGUUCCAUCUACACCUGUGUCAUGUACUAGCCUGUUGCAUGUUACAGACUAGAGCACCCAAAUGUAAAAAAAAAAAAAAAAAAAAAAAAAAGAUUAUAUAAUAAAUGGGUUUUCAAAAUA